AUGAGCUUGCUGGAGCAGCUUCAAACUAAACGCUCGGCACUUAAAGCCACGCAAAUCACUGUGACUACAGCAACUGGUAAACGGUUUGUGGAAACAAAUACAUCUACCUCGACACCUAUACUACUUGAAGAGCGUUCUUAUGGCUUUGUGGUUGACACUAAGCCAGAUACCAUACCCGCGUGCAUCUUACCCGGAUUUCUUUAUUUAGGCUCACAGGAUGCCGUGAAUAGUGAGAAUAUAACCGCAUAUAAUUUAACACAUAUUCUAAGCGUUGGAAUUGAGACACCGCCUAUUGUGGGAAAACAAGUUGAAAUACAAUUUUUGCCAUGCCUAGAUUUGCCCGAAACGAAAAUUUUAGAAAACAUUGUACCACAAGCAAAUGCAUUCAUAAACAAAGCAAAAUUGGCUCAUGGCCGAGUUUUGGUGCAUUGCAACGCAGGGGUUUCACGCGCGGCUAGUGUGGUCAUUGGGUACUUAAUGUUGGAACGCGACAUGCUGUUUGAAGCUGCCUACGCUUUGGUAAAGUCACAGCGGGAAUGUAUACAACCAAAUGCAGGAUUUAUUGAGCAGUUAAAGAACUUAAAAAUAGCCGACUAAGUAAGAUAUAGUAUUUUUGAAAAUAUUAUUAAUACUAGUUAUGUAAACACCAUAAUUACUUGUAGUUUUGAAAUGUAUCAAAAAUAUCUUUAAAUUUUAAUUUAUUAUUCAAGUUGUCAUUGUUGUUGUAGCAACAUAAACAUACCCCAUACAUGUACGGGGAGUGCUGCUGAGUGUUUGUAAAUCCGGCACGUUCCGGUAACGUAGAACCAUGAAGUCAUAAGUGAUAGUUGGGAACAAAUCAUUUUUCGCAGCGUGACUGCUUUUCGAGCUUGACUCCAUAUAUGUAAAUUGUUGAUAUAUUCAGUCCUCUAAAAUGAAACACAUUUGUUUAUUUUUAUUUUCUACAUUAAGUUUUAUUCAAUUUUAUAAUUUCCUCGUUCAUAUAAGAGGUACAAUAGGAUACCACGCCGGCUUGUAUCGUCUGAUUUCUCCUCUCAUAUAGGAAUACAUACAUACAAUUUAUGGUGUAUAGCGAUGCAAUAAUUUAAAAUAAAUCCUUACUUUUGUUAAUCUUAAA